CUGUUGCUGCUCCGGCUGCUUGACAGACGGCCUGAAUGUCAGAGGACCGAGCCGUCAUGUCGCUGAUGUUCACGGAUGAGGACUUCCAGGACGCCUGGAAGGAGCUGGACGAGCCGCAGCUGGACGGAGGAUGGGAGCUCUUCACCGAGACGAUGGGAGUCAAAAUCUACCGGCUCUACGACAAGGAAACUGGACUUUAUGAGUACAAAGUCUUUGGUGUGCUCGCCACCUGCACUCCAGAGCUGUGUGCAGAUGUCUACAUGGACCUGACGUAUCGGAAACACUGGGAUGAAUAUGUGAAAGAGCUGCAUGAGAAAGACUUUGAUGGACAAUCAGCAAUAUACUGGGAAGUGAAAUACCCAUUUCCUCUGUCAAACAGAGAUUAUGUGUAUGUGAGGGAACGCAGAGACCUGGAUGUGGAUGGCAGGAAGAUCUGGGUGAUCCUGGCCAGGAGCUCACCACAGACGGCAUGUGCAGAAAAGAGCAGCGUGCUGAGGGUCAGAGAUUAUAAGCAGAGCGUUGCCAUGGAGAGCGACGGAUCCUCUGGAACUAAAGUUUUCAUGAACUACUUUGACAACCCUGGUGGUAUGAUUCCUACCUGGCUGGUGAACUGGGCUGCGAAGAGCGGAGUUCCAGCUUUCUUAACAAACAUGCAGAAGGCCUGCAGCAACUACGCAAACUACUGCCAGAAGAAAUGAAUGCAGCUGAUGAAGUGCUCAGGGGCUUUGAUCCAUUUUAUUACUGAUUUGGGAGGUGUUUUACAGGUGUAUGAUUAGAUUUCUGUACAUGGUGAAUGUGGCAUGUUGUGGGCUGCUACUUGCUGACAUAGCAUGGUCUUAACUCAGGCAUGAUAUGCAUGACCGGCCACCCUCAUUCAAAGGCUGGUGUGAAUCAAUUCUGUUCCAUUGUGAUGUGUUUCCCAUUGCUGUGCUGUCGUGUUUGUGCAAUCUCCAUAAGCUCCUGGAUUUAGGAGCUUUCCUAGCAUAUUUUUUAAUCAGAUGUUUAUAGAAAAUGAAAACAGAUUAUUCCUUUGGGAUGGUGGUGAAACAUGUGGUGAAACAAAUUGAAUAUUCUUGCCUAGAUUUUUACCUCCUCUUUGCGUUGUUUUAAAUUUGUUUACUGUACAUGUUAAAUACAGUCUAUUUUGAUUUUAUUGUACAUUUCAUCACACUGGGAUCAUUUCAUUGAUCAGUUCAGUUCACUGGAAUUCACUGAUUUGUCACAGUGAAGUGUAAAAUGACAAAACUUGUAGUGGGUUCACGUCUUAUGCAGUGGUGCAUAUGGUCAAAGAUACAAAGUUAUCUCAUGUACUGUGAUGAUUUAGGCUGUAAAUCAGUACCUCUGUGCUGCUGUUGGUACAGAUGAACAUGGUCUGAUCAUGAAUAGCCUAUUACUAUGUAAUACUGCUGUGUUAUUGACACAAAUAAACGUCAUCAUUGCAAUCCA